CACCGCCAUUGCGCGUGCGCGGGGCCCGGACCCGCCCCGAGCGUGGCCGAAAAACAGCGAGUUUGGGCAAAAGCCCACGGGGUUUGUCAGAAACCAGGCUCGGGAACGAACGCGUCUGUGGAAAAGCAGCACGUUUGUGGAAAAAAAACCACGUUGCGGAUUUCACGGAAAAGCUGCGGAUCUUGGGGGAAAAGAUUCCGGCAACUUCCUGGCAGAGCCGCCGGUGCCGGGCAGGAACGGCCGAGAGAACUCGGCGGGUCCGUGAGGGGGAGCGGGGGGGCACAGACAGACCUCCCAGCUUCCAAAGAGAGCGAGUUUCCGAGGAAAAAUAAAGUCAAGUGGCGAACGGCGUCGGUGGGAGUUCCCUGCUGGACACUGACAUUCCUGGGCCAUGGCUGCACGGCGCUGGAGGAGUGUCCCGUUUGGGAAUCUCUCCGAGUGUCCCAACGGCUCCCGCUGGAUCCUCAACGUGUUCCAUGAGUGUGCCCAGGACAGCUGGGACGUCUCCAGCAUUAUCCUGGGGCUGGUCUCCAUCUUCUGCUUCGCAGCCGCCUCCUUCCCGCAGUUUUACCAAGCCUGCAAAACAGGCAUCAUGGACCGGGCUCUCUCCAUAUAUUUCCUGCUGGGAUGGCUAGGAGGAGACCUCCUAAACCUCAUCGGCUCCUUCCUGGCUGAUCAGCUGCCCCUGCAGGUUUACACGGCAGUUUACUAUGUGCUGGCUGACCUGGUGAUGCUUUCGCUCUACUGCUACUACAGGGUGAAGAACAGGGGUGCGAGAUUCACUGCCCCAAUCAAUGCAGCCUUUGUGUUCCUCUCCAUGGGAACAGUGUCAACGCUCUCCCUCCUGGGCAGCAGCACCUCGGCAGAGGGUCCAGGGACCUUUCGAGGGAGGUCUCUGCUGUCAGUUCACAUGGAUGAUCCUGGAUCAAAGCCUUUCACCAGGAGUGAGAUCAUUGGAUUCACCAUCGGCUCAGUGUCCUCCAUGCUGUACCUGUGCUCCCGACUGCCCCAGAUCUACACCAAUUACAAGAGGAAAUCCACCACUGGGAUCUCCUACUCCCUCUUUGCCCUGGUGAUGUUGGGGAACUCUCUCUACGGCCUCAGUGUCCUCCUGAAGAACCCUGAGCCAGGCCAAGGCGAAGGUGACUAUGUCCUGCACCACCUGCCCUGGCUGGUGGGCAGCCUGGGGGUCCUAUCUCUCGAUGUGGUUAUCUCCUUCCAGUUCCUUGCCUAUCGGAAGGGAAGAGCCAGUACCCACGAGGAGAGGGAUGCUCUUCUUGGAGAGCAGGGUGCCAGCCUGGAGAGCUGACCAAGGGACCUGCCUGGAGCGAGAGGAGGAGGAUGCAGAUGAAGAAAGUGCUUAAACACGGGGCAAACCAGCCCCCCUGGUGGCUCUUGGGAGAAGAGGACCUGAGCCAGUGGGUGACUUGUGCUGCUACAACAGUGGCAGAGGAUGGUGCUGUUUGAACUUGUGCCUCUUUGAUACCAAUACUAUUGGGAUAAAAGGGAAUUAUUUGAUACCUCAGUUGCUCUUUGCUGCUCUGAUGCCCCACAGCUGAGCCUGGUCACUGCUGUGUCUCUCAAGGGAAAUCUGGAGCUUCCUUGGUGCUGGCAAACAUGGGAGGAGCCUGAGUGGGGAGGGGACAGGGAUGACGGACCUGCCACAGACACUGCAGCACUGUGGGCCUCACAAUUCCCCCCCGAGCUUCUGGAAGACACACAGUGCCUGGAUCCAGUGGAGAAGGAGCAGCACAACCAAAGUGCUCGUUCCUUGGACACCUAUUUUAAUUAGCACGGCUAUAAACCACGUCCUUCUCCACGUGCUCCUUUGGUUUCAUUUUGCCAGUUUACCUGGCAGCUCCUGCCUCUUUCUUAAUGACUUUCACAGUCCCAGUUCUCUGACUUCUCACUUUUUUGCCUCACCCAUGUUUUAAUUACAUGGAUUCCUUGGGGAAGUUGCUCUCUCUGUUACCCAGCAGAAGAGCUGCCUCUCUGCUUCCUCUGCUUUUCAGUCCUGCCCUCUCUCAUUGAUGAAUUUAUCCUCAACUUGAUGAGUUUAUCCCCAACACUAAUGACUUUAUGCCCCUCUUGGGGCCCUGCACAUCAGUACAGUGGCUCCUUGACCACAGAGGGACUGGAAGCAGAGGUGGUUUGGGAAAAGCUGUGUCCCUGGGAGAAGAGCACAGAGGUGGAGCCACACAAUGGAUCAGCCCAGCACUCCAGGUUCCCUCCCGUGUGCUGAGCUAGGGAUGAACAGCUCAGUCUCACCAGGAAAGCAAGAGGAAAACCAAACAAAGAUUGUAAGGCCUUCAGGAAAAACUAACACAGCUUGUCCUUGUGAGAACAAGAGCUGUCCUUUUCCUGCAGUCACUAUCAGCUCUUUCUUUUGCUUCCCUUUUCCCCUCUGGUACCCAGUGUUGUACUCUGUUAUCAUUAAUUUAUGAUUCCUCUGCCAGGCCCAUAACAUUUGUCUUUCCCAGGAAGUUGCCCUCCUUGCUUGUUUGUCCUCACACUGAGGACUCCCAAGCCACAGCUCCUCGAUUACACAGCUCAGCCUGGAAACAGGAGUCAAAGUCCUCAGUACCCAAUCGACCUGCACCAGCAGGUCAAUUAAAGCACAAGCUGGGCCAGCAUUUGGGGCUGACCCAUUCGUUUCGGAAAGAAAAAGUAUUUUUCAGUCUCUUUGAGCCCUUUGAAACAAAUCAAUUCAUGAUUCUGCCCCUCCAGGUUCUCAGGUGAAGGGGCUGCUCAGCUCAUCCUUGAGCCAGCAGGAUUUCCUCUCCUAUCGUUCCCUAGGAGUUGUAGAAAAACAAUUCCUAUCCAGUUAUAAUCCAAACUAUGAGCAAAUCCCUCAUCUCCACCAUUUAAAAUUGCCACAUCCUGGCUAACCAAGGGCUUUUCUUAAAGCUGGACAAAGAACCUCCAACAUAGGGAGGAAAAAUUAUACAUAUAAAAUGUAAUUUGUCCCCAUAGGUGGAUCCAAAGCACAAGUUGAGUACAAGUGGGUUUACUCUUACUUGGGCUACAGAGGAUGGAGCAGGGUGAGCAGCUGUUUGGCAGAGGGAGGUUCCACAACCGCUGCCAUCUCAGGCAGUGGGUGCAAAUUCCUGCCACUGAGACUUUCCCUGAGGUUUUCAUCCCUCCAAGUCACUACUGCAGCCCUGUUCCUGCAAGUUAAGAUUUUGCAGAGGCACAUAUUAAACCAGAAAGGCAGAGUAGAAACAAAUAUCCCAGAGUGAGAAGGUAAAUGAAAACCUCAACACACCAGCCUUCCCCCUCCUGGGCUUAAGAAUUCACACAAACUCAUCUCCAGCUUCAAAAAAGGUUUUUCCUUGGACAGAACCAAGAGAAAAUGACCAAAUCUCAAUGUGUUUCCCUGGGGGAUCCCAGCUUUGAGGCAGACAGAUGUUGCCUUCCUCAGCCUGUGUCCCACAAGGAGCUCCAUUAUGGACCACAAGCCCCAGUGUCCAUUUGCAGAGGUUCACCCAAAGGGUAAUUUCAAUGGCCAUGGACAGGAAGAGCCCAGCAGGUAUUUAUUUCCUUUCCCAGUUUGCCCAGGAUUAGGUUUGGAGCAGUGAAACCAGAGCUGUGCAAGGUCCCUCUGCCCACCAAGAGGUUCAAGAGGAGACUCUGGGUGAGGUUCACAGAUGACACAAGCACAGGAGCUUUUGGGUCAGCACUGAUGGGUGGAACCAUCUACCCCAACCUAUCGAAUGCUGCUUCUCUGCCACCACCCUGCUGGACACACUGACCCCCCAGCCUGUAUUUAACACACCUCUAAAUACACCUGUUCCACAUUGCUGGAUCCCUGGAGCCUCAAUCCCAGCACCCUGGAAGGGCAGCAGGCCCUUGAAGAGCAGUGGGACAUCACACCCUCCUCAAAACAAACACAUUUCAGCUCAUCUGGAUAUGAGACAAAAAACAAAUAACCCUGCAAGGAAACCAAGAGAAAUAAGGACACCAACCACAGACACUUCUUCCUGGGAUUUAUUUUUAUUGUUUUAGUCUUUUUUUUUCUUUUUUUUUUUUUCCCAUUUUUUAGUAUGGAGGCUCAAGUAUCAGAUGUAGAUUCAAUUUAAGCUUUACAAAAAAAAAAAACCAAAAA